CCUCUUACUCUUGUCAAAAUGUUAUUUUGGACAAUAACUCGGAAAUUUCUUGGCCUAAAAAUACCGUUGAUUAUAUCUAUUUAGAUUCUCAAAAUGAUACUGUUAAUCUUCCUAUUGAUCUAAAUUUAUGUUCAUUACCAACCGAAAUACUUUUGAGAAUCUUUUAUGAACUUAUUUUAUCCGAAUCUCCUAAUCCUCCAAAGACUGCUGUAGCAUCUUUACCUUUAGUAUGCAAGAUUUUUUAUAAGUUAUCACAUGAUCGUAUCGUAUGGGAACAAGUUUUCAUGUCUGAAUAUGAUGUUUCUGCAAGAAAGCGUCGUUUUGUCACGUGUAAUUUUAGAAAAAUUUUCUUUCAACGUUCUCAAUUAAAUGUUGAUAUGAUGGAUUCUAGUCUUCAUGCUUUAGAAAGUUGUUCUAUCAAUGAUUUACCUCAAAACGAAUCGACUUUAAAUAGUAUCUUGAAUGCUUUGACUUGUUUAUGGGUUCUUAUUUCUGAAAAUGAUGGAAGAAAUUCAAAAAAACUCGUUGAAAUGCGUGCUCCUGAAUUCUGUUCUCAAGUCUUUCAUCUAUUAUAUGCUGACAUGGACUCUUCAUUGAAACAUCUUGCUUGUAUAUUUAUAUCUAUCAAAAUCAUAUCAAUGUUAUUAGUUUUUGGACUGGGUCCAUUUGAUAAUAUUGUAGAACGUAUAGCUGCCAAAUUACGAGGACGUGUAAUUCGUUGGGAUCCUAAUAAUAAUGCUGUAUUUCCUAUGCUUGAUUGUCAUGCUUUGCAUAUUUAUCUUUUAUACUUUGCUAAUGAAGAAAGAAAACCUAUUAUUCCUGAAUCAAAUAUUUUUGAUUCAAGAAAAUGUGAUAAAUGGUUACAAUGGACUCAUAUGGUUGAUGUAUACUCUUCAAAUAAAAUUUUAUGGUGUCUCCGAAAUGAUGGUUAUGAUUGGCCUAAAAACCCUCAGAGAUAUUGGACUGGUUUAAUUACAGAUAGUGAAAUUUCAUCAGUUGAAAAAUUAUUACUCUGUGAGUUUAAUUUUAUGGAACUUGAAGUAGUUGCAGAACAUAAUGAAGAAGUUACAUUUUUUGAUGGUUUAUUAACUGAUGAUAAUGGUAAAGAAUUUUUGAUUGAUGGUGAAUCUAUUCCAAUCGAUAAAGGUAGAAGGGUAAAUUUUGUUGCUAAUAAAGUUUGGAAUUUUUGUGGUUUUAUGACUGCCUUUGGAAUUAUUGGGAGAUGUUGGAUAAAAGGUGUAAAUAUUGAUAAUGCUGGUUUUUUCUGGAUUUGGGAAGAUGUAUAA